GCUGAGCGCCCACUCGCCUUGCGGAAAGAGCCGCGGAGGCACCCGCGGGGGCGGUGACAGGAGAGCUCGGCGGGAGCCGGAGGAGGUGGCAGUCAGGAAUCAAACCAGAAAGAAACCAGGAGGCAGAAGCUCGCGGCUCCGAGGCGCUCCCUCCCUUGGCCAGGGAUGGGUCCCGGCGCGGCCCAACCCCUGCCCGGCCCGCCGGGCAGAGACUGAACCGUGGUUCCCCACCGUCCGGUGGACGGCCGAAUAGAGAGAGGCACGGACCGAUUGCCAGUCGCCUCCCGGCGGGACCUCGCGUUCUACGCACCCGGCGCAGCGCCCCCCGCCGGAGCCGCGCUGGGCAAGGCGGCGAGGGAGCGGGGCUGAUUGGCGGCCGCCGGCAGCCGGGGGAGGGGGCGCCGCGCAGGGCCAUGGCAGGUUCGGAGGCGUCCUAGCCGGAGCCCGAGCAGGAUCUGAGCCCACGCUGCCGCCACCGCCGCCGCCUCUCCGCGCCCAGGCCCCCGCCGCCGCCGCGCCCCCCGCGGGAGAUGGAACAGCGGAACCGGCUCGGUGCCCUCGGAUACCUGCCGCCGCUGCUGCUGCACGCCCUGCUGCUCUUCGUGGCCGACGCUACAUUUACUGAAGUCCCCAAAGAUGUGACAGUACGGGAGGGAGACGACAUCGAAAUGCCCUGCGCGUUCCGGGCCAGCGGAGCCACCUCGUAUUCGCUGGAGAUUCAGUGGUGGUACCUCAAGGAGCCUCCCCGGGAGCUGCUGCACGAGCUGGCGCUCAGCGUGCCCGGCGCCCGGAGCAAGGUAACAAAUAAGGAUGCAACUAAAAUCAGCACGGUGCGCGUCCAGGGCAAUGACAUCUCGCACCGGCUGCGGCUGUCGGCCGUGCGGCGGCAGGACGAGGGCGUGUACGAGUGCCGCGUGUCGGACUACAGCGACGACGACACGCAGGAGCACAAGGCCCAGGCGCUGCUGCGCGUGCUCUCGCGCUUCGCGCCGCCCAACAUGCAGGCCGCCGAGGCCGUGUCCCACAUUCAGAGCAGCGGGCCGCGCCGCCACGGCCCCGCCAGCGCCGCCAACGCCAACCACGGGGGCGCCACCGGAGCCGCGGGCCGCGCCACCUCCGAGCCUGGCCGCGGCGACAAGAGCCCGCCUCCCGCGAGCCCUCCCGCCGCCCGGGGUCCCGGCGUCCCCGAGGCCGCCGCCGCCUCCGCGGCCCACGCAGCCGCCACCACCGUCGCGGCCGCAGCCGCAGCUUCAUCAGCGUCGCUGCCGCCCAGCCGGGCGGUCCUUCUGCGCCAGAGGCACGGCUCGGGCACCGGCCCCAGCUACGCCCCGGACCCACUCCUGUCCCUGCUGCUGUUAGCUCUGCAUCAGCUCCUCGGCCUUCUGGUGGGGCACUGACGGACACGGCGGCCCGCACACCUGUCCCCCGGCCGCCCACACCUGCCCCGCCCCGGGGUGAGGACCGAGUCGCCAGAUGGACACAGACAGACUGAGAGAAGCAUGAGAAACUCCAUGUGAAAAAUAAAUGAAUCAUAUUUUUGGGGAAGUUACACAAAUGUAGAACACCUAAACUAAUGCAUCUAGUUUCCAAAUAAGCUGGAGUCUGGACCCCGCGGCGUGCACGGACUCGGUGACGCCGCUGCUUCAGUGUAUGUCCCUUUUCUGAACUUCCCUCCAGGUCUUCAUUUUGCACGAACUGUUGAGCGCUUAUGUUUAGGGGACUCUGAAAAUGUCGAGUCAAAGCCUUUCUGACAAAGCAAAAUAUUUUUAGUAGAUUGUUGUGUGUAGGAAUUUUUUU